CAUCCAGAAAAAGCGGUAAUACCGGGUGCAGUGUCGGAUGGGGGUUGCUGUGCUAUCUACUGGAACACUGAGGCGGGUCAAGUAUUCUACACGCAAAAAUGGAUGCGUUCGCCAUCACGGAAGCCAUUGUCCCUGAGACUAGUCCUCAGGAGGGCCACGAGGCCGAAAGGGCCACCACCGGCAAGCUUCCCGAGGGCGCAAACAAGUUCCAGCGGGCCAUCGCAGCCUGGAGAGGCAUCGAUCUCGCCAACACCGUCGCCAAGCUAGACAGUACCGCUUCGGAUAUCGUUGCGCAGCAACGCGACGCCCUCGUGCAGAGGAAGGAUCUCGCCCAGAAGACAAAGGACUUCCGGAAAUUGGAUGAUGCCUCGAAAUUGGCAGAAUACAAGGGUCUCUUGAAAGCUUAUCAAAGCUUUAUCGAUCUCUUGACAAAUCAGGGGAAAGCCUCAUCGUCCGCGUUCCUACAGUUGUACUCGUCUCUCUCCGAAGCACCCGACCCGUACCCCCUUCUCGAAGCCUCCGUCGACUCUCUGGUUCAUUCCGAGGAAACCGUCCCCAAAUUGACCUCCGAGCGGGACCAACUACAGGGGUCCGUCGAUCGCCUAACAUCGCAGCUCGAGGAUACUGAAAAGCGCCUGGAGGAGGAGCGGACAGCUCGGAGAAAACUAGAGGAGGGCCAAGAAACGAAGAUCAAAGAGGUCGAGGAGUCCUGGUCAGCGGUGUUGUCGGAGAAGACCAACAACUGGACUGCCAAGGAGAAAAGCUUGGAGGAGAAGGUGGAGCAUCAGGAGCGCUUGGUCAAGGAACUCAAAGCGAGCUACGAGGUAUCACAGCGACUGGGACAAGAUGGCGAUGAGGGCGAAGGCGUCCAGCAUGGUGCUAGUGCCGCUGAGUUGGAGCUGGUUUCCGCGGAGUUAGAGAAGACAAGCUUGCGCCUAGCAGAGGUAGAGGCACGAAACGAACAACUCAGGCUCGAGCUGGCUCAGGCCGUCUCUCAUUCUCAGGCCGAACAAGCUGCCUCGGUGGAGGAUGACCCUGCAUACCUGCGUCUGCAAUCCGAGAAUUCUUCUCUCCUACGCAAAUUGGAUGCGGCCCGGUUUGACAGGGAGUCCGAGAGACAUUCCUGGGAAUCGAAGUACUCCCAAGCCGAGAGACAGAUCAAGAGUGCCACUGCUGAGAAGGAAGAACUGCGCUCGAGAUUGGAAAAGGUGGCCGACUACGAAGAUAUUCGUCGGGAAUUGGAGAUGAUCAAGUCUAUCGAAUUCUCGCCGGGGGAUGAUGACGAAGCUGGAGAUUCUGCGGACUCCACGAGCCCUACCAACGGCACAGCAACCAAGGCAAAGGAGGGUUCCAAAAAUAGCCUAGAGCAACUGUUGCUCGCUAGGAACAAGAAACUGACUGACGAGCUCACCAUCUUGCGUGUCUCACACCGGGACCUCCAGGGUCAGCUCGAGGCCCUGCGGGCCGAUCUUUCGACAACCAAAGAGGAGCUCGAAAAGUCCCAGAAACUGUCCACGACACUGGAGAACGACCUUCUUCGUGUUCAAGAGGAAGCCGCAAAUGCGUUCCCAUCAUCAGCUAUGUCCGUUGCCGGAACUUAUACGUCUAAAUACCCCCACUCAUCCCGGAGAGGAGGGGCGGUGUCACCUACAUCUUCUAUCAUUUCAGGCUUCGAUCAGUCCGCUGCAUCUGCCAACACUAUGGACUCCAUCCGGGCAGGCGAGGCCGUUGGCGGAGGCGCUGGUCUCUUGCCCAUGAUCCAAGCGCAGCGUGAUCGCUUCAAGAAGAAGAAUGCCGAGCUAGAGGAAGAGCUAUCCAAGCUGUACGGCACGGUAAAGUCCCUGAGACAGGAAGUUGCUUCUCUGCAAAAGGACAACCUCAGCCUCUAUGAGAAGACCCGCUACGUGUCGACAUACAACCGCGGCCCGGGUGGAUCGUCAUCCGCAUCUGCGUACGCGAACAAGCCGAACACUUCCUCCGUCCACAGUGCAGACACUCCGUCGGGACUCUCUCUCGACCGCUAUCAAUCCGCCUACGAAGCCCAGAUCUCACCCUUUGCAGCCUUCCGUGGCCGCGAGUCUGCGCGGGCAUACAAGCGCAUGUCUUUGCCCGAGCGGAUUGUGUUCUCGUUGACGCGCAUCAUCCUCGCCAACCGGACCAGCCGCAAUCUCUUCGCUGGAUACUGCGUGGCUCUACAUGUCUUGAUCUUUGUCAUGCUGUACAUGAUGAGCUCCAUGGAGAUCGAGAAACAUAGCGCCGCAAGUCUAGGUGCCGCCGCUGCGGCAGCAAUGGCCGGCGGAGGCAGUGGGGGAGGCGGAAGCGGCGCCGGGGGGGGCAGUUACGCAGGCCAACAGUUACAUGGGGAUGAUUGGCAACAAGAGGGCUUCAGCCAAGCCGGCGUCAAUUGAGACCUGGCACGUGCGGUCUUGCCACAUACGUUUCUGUAUUCUAUCGAGGGCGUUGUUGGGUCCAGGUCACGGUCAUGAAUUGGAUUUUUCUUUUGUUUGAUGUGAAUACGCAAGGCCUACAUACAGUGUUGAUAUCAUUAUCGCUUCAUGCUGGUC